UCUUCAUACUUCAAAUUCAAAUUCUCAAACUUUCUUUUUCAAUUUUCAAAGUUAAAUUUAUCUUACUUUUGUUUCUAUUAAUUAUCAUUUAUCAUUAUUUAUAAUGAGUUAGCGUAUCAUAUAUAAGCACUUUCUUUUCCCUUCUUACGCUUUUCUAAUUUAUAUUAUUAACAUUGUCAUUAUUUUGUUAAAGUAAUGUCAAAUACUGUUGGUAUUAAAAAUAAAGUUUUAAAACUACAGAGUUCACAAAUAGCACGAAAUGGGACCCACAAAAAAGAUAAAAAGGAUAGAGGAGAUCAAUUUUCCUGUUCAGACGAUCAAGAAAAUCAACAAAUAAACGAAUUGGUACAAAAGCUACCAAAAUUAAAUAGUAUAUUUGAAGUUCACCGCAAAAUAGGGGAAGGGACUUUCAGUUCUGUUUACCUUGGCUCACUGCGGCAACAUGCCAAUCUACCAGAUGGACAAAAGCGUUUGUUUGCUAUAAAACACUUAGUUCCUACAGCUCAUCCGGCUAGGGUUGAACAUGAACUCAAAUGCCUACAAGACAUGGGUGGCAGGCACAAUGUGAUAGGUGUGGAAUUAUGUUUAAGGCAAUUAGACACUAUUGUUUUUAUUAUGCCAUACAUACCUCAUAGAAAAUUUGCAGAAUAUAUGGAUGAUAUGGACAGAGAGGAGGUGUCUCGUUACUUGCAUGCAUUGCUGAUAGCCCUUAGACAUGUACACUCCUUUGGUGUCAUCCAUCGGGAUGUUAAGCCUAGCAACUUUCUCUAUGACCGGGAGCGCAGGAGGUAUCUGCUAGUGGACUUUGGUCUUGCGCAGCGCGUGGUAACCACUGAGCCUCCACCUGCCCAUAGCAAUGGAUCCGCAAAGCGACCGCGGGAAGAGGAGUGUGAUUCGUCGCCAGGAGCCAAACGUGUGGCAUUGGACUUGUCGCUGCGCGGACGACAUGUUUCGGUACCACGUCGCGGUGACACAAUCAAACAAACACCGCUUAAACACGUCACAAAGGUCUCAGGCUUAAACGUAAGCUGCGCUUGUGCGGGUUUGGGUGGGGUCUGCACAGGGUGUGGUCGAAGGCCAACGGCUCGGGCUCCAAGGGCGGGAACGCAGGGUUUCAGGCCCCCAGAGGUGCUCCUCAAAAGCCCCUUGCAGGGAACAGCCGUCGACGUCUGGGCUGCUGGGGUCGUACUCACCUCACUCCUUACCACCAGGUAUCCAUUCUUUCGAGCUACAGAUGAUGUGUCUGCGCUGGCCGAACUUGUGGACUUGCUGGGUUCCGCCGCCGUACAUCGUGUCGCGGCCUCUCUUCGUCGCCGCGUGGUAAUGUCAGGCAAUCGCACGGGCAUCUGCCUUCGCAAGUUGGCGCAGCGUCUACGUAACCCAGCUCCCCCUCCGUGCCCUUACCCCGCGUGUCUCCGUUGCCGUCUUCCCGCCCCGCAGUGUCUCUGCCUCACCACAGAUACGCAGGAGCGCAACCUGGAAACGAUAGUAGUGGAUGACCUUCCGGAGGCAGCUUUUAAUCUAGCAGCGCGGCUGUUGGACCCCGACCCUCGUACGCGCAUUACGGCUGACCAGGCGUUAAGGCAUCCUUUCUUAGCGCAUCUGCCCCACUGACCACCAAGCCAUAGAUAAUGGAGGAAAUAAUGAGAGCCGACAGAGUAAGGUCGGUAAACAAAAAUAGGAACCAAAAUUAAAUCUAGUUUUAAUACAUGUGAAACCAUUUUUGCCUAUGAAGUUUGACAGUGCACUAUUGGAUAUUUUAAUAGUAUUCCAAUUAUGACCAAUAAUGGCCACUUUUAUGUGCCAAAUUUUAGGUUUUUACCUACUAGUACAUGAUGUAGUUUUAAUUAUUUAUAUAUUUUUAUAAAUGUCGCCUUACUUCAAUCCCUGUCUCAAGUCGAAUUUGCAGGUUGUGAUUGUUAAGAACUUUAGCCAAAAUAGGUUUGCGUUUGGUUGUAUGUUUCCUCCAUGAGUCAUUGACGCUAAAGUUGAUGUAUUUUUCUUACCAACUUAAUUCUUGUUACCAUUAGGAGGCCAAAUCACCCAAUAUUACCUCAUUAUUUAUUUAAAUGCGCACAAAUGGUGUUCUUUUUACUUUGACUUGUCAAUUUUUAUUUUAAAGCUUUAACUUUAUGGAAAUCAUACUGAACACAUUGUAGUGAUUUAAAAACAACCAUUUAAUAAAUUGCUUUUACCAUUUUUUUGUAAUAGAGAUCUCAGAUUAAUUUUAAGGUUUCAAUUCAAAUCUCUUGAAGUUAGUUAUUUGUGGAAUUUUGGACUAUUAUAGUAAAUUUGUUAAUUUUCCAAGAAAAUUAAAUUGAUAUAUGUACAAUGAAGGCAAAAUUAAUAUUUGGAAUACCUGCUUAGAAUUGAUAAGUAACAUGUCUUCCUCAACAGUGUUCAUUAGCUGUUAAUAAGUGCCUUGCACAUGAAUUGUUGUGCCUUGUUAAAAUAAAUAUUUUAAAUGAU